CGGACUCGCGCGCGCGCCCGGCCACAAACACCGAGUCAGCGUGCGGGAAACUGUCUCACAGUCUUCACAGUGGAAAGCGAUCCGGAGCAGCAGCCUGGGAACUAGUAAACAAACACAGCCAAGUUGCGCGUAAAGGCUGUGCGCUGCGCCGGGGCUGCGCGACCAAGCGAUUAGCGAUAAAACGAGCCUCGCUCUAUUUUCCUCGAUUAUUGUACACUUGAGACAGGACCGGGAUAUCCUAAUUGGACAUGUGAGUUGCAGGAGUUUAACAAGACUAUUAGCCCACGCUCCAAGAUGAAGUUCCUCGCCUGCGCCCUCGCCACUUUGCUGCUCAUCCCAUCCGGUGCAGCGCAGUCAGUUUGUCCAGGUACAGAGAACAAGCUGAGCACCCUUUCAGACCUGGACCAGCAGUACCGCACCCUGAAGAAGCUCUACGAGAAUUGUGAAGUUGUAAUGGGCAACCUGGAGAUAACCAGCAUUGAUCGGAACCGUAACCUCUCAUUCCUUAAGUCAAUCAGAGAGGUGACAGGCUACGUGCUGGUGGGUCUCAACCAGUUCGACUACCUUCCAUUAGAGAAUCUGCGGAUCAUCAGAGGUACCAAGCUGUACGAAAGCCGCUAUGCGCUUGCCAUCUUCCUCAACUACAGACGUGAUGGGUACUACGGAUUGAAGCAGCUGGGCCUUCGCAACCUCACAGAGAUCCUGAAUGGAGGUGUUUACGUUGACCAGAACAAGUUCCUGUGCCAUGCGGACACCAUCCAUUGGCGUGACAUCAUCAAGAAUCCCAAGGCCGAGCUACUGGUGGUGCCGUCCAACAACAGCAAUCUGGGAUGCAGACGCUGUCAUCGCUCCUGUAACGGACGGUGCUGGGGUCACCAGGACGACCAGUGUCAAACCUUGACGAAGACGGUGUGCGCAGAGCAGUGUGACGGUCGAUGCUUCGGGCCGUACGUCAGCGACUGCUGCCACCGCGAGUGCGCUGGCGGCUGCUCGGGACCCAAGGACACAGACUGCUUCGCUUGCACCAAUUUCAACGACAGCGGUGCAUGUGUGACCCAGUGCCCUCAGCCGUUUGUGUAUAAUCCCACAUCGUUCCAGUUGGAGCACAAUCCAAGAGCGAAGUACACCUAUGGAGCCUUUUGUGUCAAGAAAUGCCCCCAUAACUUUGUGGUGGACCAUAACUCCUGUGUCCGAGCGUGUCCUAGCAACAAGAUGGAAGUGGAGGAGAACCGCAUCAAAAUGUGCAUUCCCUGCACAGACAUCUGCCCCAAAGUGUGUGACGGCAUUGGGACAGGCAUCCUGCAGACCGAUCAAACCGUGGAUGCCAGCAAUAUUGAUCAAUUUGUCAACUGCACUAAAAUCAAUGGAAACCUCAUCUUCCUAAUCACCGGCAUCAAAGGGGACAUGUAUCACGGUAUUGGACCGCUGGAUCCCGCGCGCCUCAACGUGUUCCGCACCGUGAAAGAGAUCACAGGUUACCUCAACAUUCAAUCUUGGCCUGAGAACAUGACCGAUCUGAGUGUUUUUUCGAACCUGGCAACCAUCGGGGGGAGAUCCCUUUACAGUGGAAGCGGUAUCUCGCUGCUGAUUUUGAAACAACGUUGGAUCUCCUCACUGCAGUUCCAGUCGCUGGAUGAGAUCAGCGCCGGCAACGUCUACAUUUUUAACAACAGCCGCCUCUGCUUCUACAAUACCGUCAACUGGACUUCGUUGUUCCGGACGCCGACCCAGAAAGUGCUAAUCCGCAACAACCGCGACCCGAAGGAAUGCACCCAGCAGCGCAUGGUGUGCGAUCGGAUGUGCUCUGACGAAGGCUGCUGGGGCCCGGGACCAGACCAGUGUCUCUCCUGCCGCUACUUCAGACGGGGCCGCACCUGCGUUGAGUCCUGCAAUCUAUUUUAUGGGGAAGGGCGUGAAUUUGCCAAUGGAUCCGUGUGUUUGGAGUGUGAUAGCCAGUGCGACAGGAUGGACGGUAACGCCUUGACGUGUCUUGGGCAGGGUCCGGACCAGUGUGUGAAGUGCCUCCACUUCAAAGAUGGGCCCAACUGUGUGGAGAAGUGUCCCGACGGUCUGCAGGGAGCCAACAGUUUCAUCUUUAAGUACGCCAAGGCCAACAACGAGUGUCAUCCCUGCCACGCCAACUGCACCCAGGGAUGCGUUGGGCCCAGACUCCAGGAUUGUGUUGGGAUGAUGGACAGGACGCCCCUCAUUGCCGCCGGAAUCAUUGGCGGCCUCUUUGUCAUUGUCAUCGUGGCGCUCAGCGUCGCUGUCUAUGUUCGGCGAAAGAGCAUCAAGAAGAAGAGGGCCUUGCGUCGGUUCCUGGAAACGGAGCUGGUAGAGCCCCUGACGCCGAGCGGAACCGCCCCCAACCAAGCUCAGCUUCGCAUCCUGAAGGAGACAGAGUUGAAGAGCGUCAAGAUUUUGGGCUCCGGGGCUUUUGGGACAGUCUACAAGGGCAUCUGGGUCCCAGAAGGUGAGACGGUGAAGAUCCCAGUGGCUAUUAAAAUCCUCAACGAGGCCACGGGCCCCAAAGCCAAUGUGGAGUUCAUGGACGAGGCGCUGAUUAUGGCCAGCAUGGAGCAUCCCCACCUGGUGCGCCUACUAGGAGUGUGCCUGAGCCCCACCAUCCAGCUGGUCACCCAACUCAUGCCACAUGGCUGCCUCCUCGACUACGUGCAUGAGCAUAAGGACAACAUCGGGUCACAGCUGCUGCUCAACUGGUGCGUCCAAAUCGCAAAGGGAAUGAUGUACCUGGAAGAAAGGCGACUGGUCCACAGAGACUUAGCUGCCCGCAACGUCCUAGUGAAGUCACCCAAUCACAUCAAGAUCACCGACUUUGGCCUCGCACGGCUGCUGGAUGCGGACGAGAAGGAAUACAACGCAGACGGGGGCAAGGUCAGUAUGCCUGUUAAAUGGAUGGCUCUUGAGUGCAUCCACUACAGGAAGUUCACCCAUCAGAGUGAUGUGUGGAGUUAUGGAGUGACCAUCUGGGAGCUAAUGACGUUUGGAGGCAAACCAUAUGACGGCAUAUCAACGAGGGAGAUCCCAGACAUCCUAGAGAAGGGAGAGCGGCUGCCGCAGCCACCCAUUUGCACCAUAGAUGUCUACAUGGUCAUGGUCAAAUGCUGGAUGAUUGAUGCCGACAGUCGGCCCAAAUUCAAGGAGCUUGCUGCUGAGUUCUGCAGGAUGGCCCGGGACCCACAACGAUACCUGGUCAUCCAAGGAGAUGAUCGGAUGAAGCUGCCCAGCCCCAAUGAUAGCAAGUUCUUCCAGAGCCUCCUAGAUGAGGAGGAUCUGGAUGACCUGAUGGAUGCUGAGGAAUACCUGGUGCCCCGAAGUUUUGAUGCAGCUCAUCCGUCAUACCCAACAAGACCUCGUGUUGACUCAAACAGAAACAAGUUUGGCUAUAGGGAAGGAGGGCCAAAACUUUCAGACGGUCUUCUGUCAGGGGCCCAGGCCAGUGUGAAACAGGAAGCCACCGGAAGCCAGGGGCACACCCUGGAGGACCAGCGUUGCAAUGGCAAUGUACAGAAGAAGAAUCUGAACCAAGCAGGGAGUGGAGACAACGCGGGACAGAGGUACAGCGCUGACCCCACCAUCUUUCUCGGCGAGAGGGUUUUCAGGGAUGAGGAUGAGGACGGAUACAUGACCCCCAUGAAGGACAAGAGCUUUUCAGAAUCCCUGAAUCCGAUUGAGGAAAACCCCUUUGUGUCACGGCAUAAAAAUGGGGAAAUCCAUGCGUUGGACAACCCAGGCUACCACAGCACACCCAGCAGUCAGCCCAAAGGAGAGGACGAGUACAUCAACGAGCCCCUCUACUUCAACACCUUCCACAGCACCGCAGAGAACCUGCGAAGAAACGGUCUGCCCGUUCCCUCCCAGCCUCCCUCUUCCGCCUCAGUCACCACCUCAGGGUCCCACCUCCCGCUUAGCACCCAGACCAACCUGCCCCACUACCCUCUCCCCAUAGCUCAGCUGUCACCAUCUGGUAUGUCCUGCCACCACGGUACACUGACCCACAUCCUCCACGCCCACCACACCGUCAAACCUGCAGGACAAGCUGGCAUUCCCGGUGGCGUUUCCACCGGUCAGAGCCAAACAGGAACGACUGCCCUGGCUUCGGUGUGCCAGUCAGGUGUCCCGGCCACCGCAGCCUCCAUUGGGCACGGCAGCCUGCCAGCCUACCAGACCCACGCAGCCUUGCAGCCUGCCAGCCUGCUGAAACAUGGUGGACAGACAGCAGGUAAAGCCGCUGGGAAGAAGCUGAAGGUAACUUUUGACAAUCCGGAAUACUGGCAGCAUAGCUUGCCGCCCAAACCAUCUGACGGCACCCAGAGUGGGUCCACCAAUGCUAAGCUCUACUACAAGCAGAAUGGACACAUACGGCCGGCAGUAGCUGAAAACCCCGAAUACAUGUCUGAGUUUUCCCUGAAAUCUGGCCCAGUUCUGCCGCCUCCUCCCUACCGGCAAAGGAAUACCGUGGUCUAAGUUGACCCUCAAUGUGACUCCAGCCUCGAGAAACUUCUUCAGUUCCCCAAACAGAGCCACCACAAACUCCUCUGCCUCCCCCAAUCUAUUCAAGACUGUAGCAACAACGGACCCAAACCAAGCAGACCAAGUUUAAAGUACGUUUCUGUGCUGUAGAUACAAACUGUGAUCUCAGACACAGAGAUUGUGGAGGAAAUACCACACUGUUGCGGGAGUUAUGGUCAAUUCCUGCAAAACACCUGGUGUCUGAACCUACUGCCAGCAAUUCUGCUGUGUCCAUUGGAAACGCCCAGCAUAAGCUUUUUGAUUAGUUUGAUUUUUUUCCCCCAAUACAUAACGAUAUUUACACUCACAUAAGUGUUUGACACUAACUAACUCAAGAAGGACUUGAAACAAGCUUUCACUUGGCUCGAGGAAGGAGAAAGAACAAACAAAAUGGAGGAAACAAAGUCUCAAAGCUGAUUAGUCAAGUGCUCAUAUUUUUGUGUGUAGUAAUUUUCCUGUAUUGUAGAUCGUUUCAUCGAAAAAGUGAAAAAAAUGCAGAGGCUAGGCUAAUGACAUCCUUUUAAAACAUCCCUAAAAAAAUUGUAGAGAGAAGCAAAGAAAAAUCUUUAGCCUGUGCCGGCCAAAGCUGUGCAAUAGAAAUUGAAGGACCAGUGUUCUAAUGUGAAUGUAGAGAAAAGUUGUACAUACAAAAUCAAGUACUGUACUAUAUUUUUGAACCUGUAAAGACAAAACAGUCUACAAACAUGCAAGACACGCUACGCUGAAAUACUGCAGUAUAUUUUUACACAGAAGCAUCACAUGUUGCCAUAGCUUCUUAACAAUUAGUGUCAGAAGUCAUUAGCCAUUUUUGGGCCAUGAAAUAGCAUUUGGUAACUUAUCUUGGUAUUCAAAAUAGACAUUGCCUUGCUUUAAGGUAAUUGAACCACUUUUCUCAUCUUUGCCAGACCGAAAAAGGCAAAAUACUAAUUAGACUGUAAAAGCAAUUAUACACCAAUAUUGUCAGAUAUAACACAGGUCACAAAAAUGUAAGUCUUCUUAAUUGAGAAAAUUCUAAUUCAAAAUUUCUAAUAUUCAAGUUCAAGUUCAAGUCAACUUUAUUGUCAAAUGUGCUACAUGUGCAAC